AUGGCCAUGAUGCGCAAGAUCAUGGCUGGGCAGGGCAGUGUCCUGGGUCAGCCCUUGUCAAGGCUUCUCACGGAGCGAGCCCGCUGCACCGAAUCCGAGAUUGCAACCGGCAAGGUCCAGACGCUUCACAGGGAGAUUAGCCGCUACAAGCGCCCGAGCGUCGUGAAGAGAACUUUUUCACCUUUGGCCGGGAAGUCUUUGGCCGGGCUAAGAGGCCAGAAGAGCGAUGAAGGCCUUGACCUGUGGGGCAAGCUCGAAGACGAGCCGAGGGAGGGACCGCAGGGACCGCCGACUCCGAAGAGUCCUCCUGGUGCCGGCACUUCAACUCUGGACCUUCGCGAGCUUGAAGACGCCGGCGAACAGCAUGUUGGAGGAGAUGGACAGCCAUCGAGCAGCGACAGCUCGGAAGAAGAAGUGGACGAAACGCCUCAGACGAUGCGGUCGAUACCACCGGUGCUCUCCAGGUGUGGAAGCCGGGAGGAGACCAACAGCAACUGCUCCGGUCAGUCGCCUCGUCACUCGCUUUCGCGUACCAGCUUGGUGCGCCGCCUUGCGUCGGAAGACGGUGAGGCAGCAAGCCAGGCACCACGCAACAUCCGUGCUACGCUGAAAGACAAAAUGUUGCUUAGCUCACAAGAUGUCAUCAUCGUUUGA